GAUAUAAACCCACUGAAAUUCAGGGGAAGCAGGAACAACAUGACUUCUUUGUUCAGUUUCCAGAGGAGAGGUCUUUGUUGGAGGGUGUGGAGGAGUGGGAGGGUGAAUCCUUACCACCACACUGAGGAAACAUUCUCAGUUAGCACUCCCCUGCUCCAAGUUAGUUAAAUAGUUUAAUAGCUGCUGUAAAAGAAAGUAAAUUGAAAGGAUGAAAAUUUCAAGUAAAAAGCUUUUAAAUGUAGUUUCUAUGAGUAACAGACUUGGUGGUGAGGAAUAAGCUCUGGGGUCAAGUGAGUGAAUGUGGAUAGACAGCAGGUGCCCUGUUGGCAUCCUGAGAGGCAGAGUAACCUGCUGCAAGGACUGUGGGCAAAUGGUAAACAGUGUUAUCUAGAAAUCUCAUCACUUUGAUGUAAAUGAAAUGUCAUAAUUGAUCUGUUCAGCUCUCUGCUGUCAGCUGCCUGAGUGAGAUGCAUUACAAUAGUGCACAUGAUAUCAGGCUCAGUAACCUAUCCUUAGCCCUGCUGCUGCCUGGAGACAUCCUUAGAUUCAGUUGUCUGGAAAAUAAUGAAAUGGAAGUGGGGAAGGAAGUCAGGACUUGCAAGGGUAUUUCCUAAUUGACCGUGUUAGCAUUUUUCUCUCAUUAAAGACAUGGAAACCCCAAGUUUCCACAGUGAUUGUUGGGUGUACCUGGCACCAGAGGUAUGUUGUGACAGUGGCAAUAUUGAGUUGUCCUUGCCGGGGUCACUUGGGUGUACCAACAGUGUUCCAUAGAUCCUUUUACUGGGCAGGUGGAUUUCAACCAGCAGGGCAUGAGUGAUGCAUUAACUGUGGGGUUCUUAGGUUCUAAAGCAGGUGUGGUCCAGUUCCCAGAGUGAUCUGGUCCCAGCAGGAAAGCUAGGUGGAUUUAUCCAGGCUGUAUGGCACAUCUUGCCUUUGGAAGUUAUUCCUCUGAAUUAGAGCCAAUAUCUCUGUUGUGUUUGCUGUUGUUAGAAUUGGUCUGUUGCUGCAGCAUUACCCUGUGGACAUAAUAAAAUCACCUUUUGUGCUGUUCAUGAGAAACUAGGUUUAGUAUUUCAAAAAUUUAGGUACCCUAAAAAGGUUACCAUUUAAUUUGAUGGAGAGAAAACUAGGAAAUGUAUGUUAAUGAGCUGCAGCAAUUAGAUGUAGAUUAAGUAGAUUUCCAUUAUAACCUGAAAAAGCUGACAUCUGGUUUCUAAAUAUGUAAAAAAUAUUUGUAAAAAAAUUUACUUUUUUUUUCUUGCCUGAGCAGUGUUUAUCAGAUGUAGCCAGACUGCUUUGAGCUUAUUUGCUUUGGUUUUUCCGUUUGUAAUCUCCUGAUGUUUUGCCACAUUGCAUUCUCCAUCUCCUUGGAACUCCAUUGCACUGCAAACUUUUCCCAAAGCCUUUAAGUUCUAUAUUUAGCUUUGGCUUUUUAUAGGCCAUAUAAAAAGUUAUUUUUUCAUUUUCUUAUGUAUUGUCAGCCAUCUCCAGUUUUACAAUGUUGUUGGAAGCAAUGCAACAAUCUAAUGAGAUGAUCUGUUUGAGCAGCUGGUUUUAACCUCUGUGACAUUUCUCAUUUGGAGUAUAAGUCUCUGGUUUCACUUCAGCACAUGGUGUAGAUUUUAAUAUUUUGUUUUCUAUUCACUCUGUUAUUGAGGAUUUUUUCCUUCCUUUGGGUCAGACCUCGCAAGGAGGAAUUGUAAACUAAACUGCCAUGUGAUAGAUUUUCUGUGUUGAAUCUGAAUUUUUCUCUUGUUUUCUGACAUCUCUCUCUCACAGCUGGGAGUGUGUGAGAGGUGUGAGCCAAAGAGGAAUAAACUCUUCUCCCCCUUGAGAAUAGAAUUCUCUUUGGCAUCACUGGUUCAAGGUCACUUGUAGCUGUGUUUCUCCAGGAUGCAUGUUCCUUUUCUCUGCAUUCCUGAGAUACCUGAUACCUUGGAGGUGUUUUAAAGGGAUCAGGAAAAUUCAUUUCAGUCCAGCAGACAGAGGAAUCCUGCACUCUCCAGAUCCCAGUGCUCAUUUUUUGUUACCUGGAAGAAAUUGGAGACCAAUUGUCAUCAGAAAGUGUGUUCAAGUUAUGUCCAGACAAUGUUGGAGUCUUGUGGGUCACCAGUUUUGGCAAUGGCAGCAGGGGUGACUGGACAUGACUGUGCUCUCUGCAGGAGUGCUGCAGCAUCCCCUGGUAUCUGUUGUUCCUACAGCACUCUGUAAAUUUGGGGGCUGAAGAUGAAGCACCCUGUGUUGUGGUAUCUAAAUGCAAAAUGUCCUUGUAAGCAACAGCACCUCACAAAGCAAAAGUGACUUUGAGAGGCUGUGGCACUUGUCACAACAGCUGUGCUUUUUGUGGCGUCAGGCAUUUUAGGAUUUUUCCCUUAUUUUUUGGUAACUGUUGAAAGACUUGGGACUAGCAAUGGAAAUAAAUACUCUCUGCAGGCUGCUCAAGCAUGAUCUGAACACUGGGCACUGAACCAAUGUUCUGAACAAUUGUCUGCUUUUGUAAUUCAAAGCAAAAGGAAUAAAAGGGGUUUUGCCAGUAUUUGAGCAUAUUAUCAUCCUGAAGGCAAGACAAGCUAUUAGACUUGCCAGAGCCAUUUUUUAUGGUUGUGUGUUUGUCAGCAGUGCAAAAGGGGAGGGAGUGGAGGAGAAAAUGGAAAGAAUAAAGAAUAGCUGACCUUAACUUUGUUACACAUGUUUAAAACUUUUUUACUUUGGUGCAAAUGAGGUUUCCCUCCAUAUCCUUCAUCCCAGCUGUAACUUUGCAGUUGUUUAUGGAUGGACAGUUUGAUGUAAGUAGUAUAAUAAGUCAAACAACUGUAUCAGAGUAGGAGGCAGUUAUGGCUGUACCUGCCCUGUUCCUCAGACAACACUGGCAAGGAAUAUUUGCUGCAUAUUUUUAGCAAGAAUUCUCUGUAGAGCAUUAUUUCAAACAUCUCUGUGCUCUGUGUGAGCAGUUGGGUGGUGAAAUUCCAUGUGGCUGAAAUACACAGAGCAUGUGGCUGAAUCCAGAGGAGAAAGGGAUGGGAGUUUUUUUUUUUUUGAGCCCCACUUUUUGAUUUACACAGCAUUUAUCACAGUCCAUUGUACGUGAGGAGGAUUAAAUCAGCAAUUACAUGAAUAAUGACACUAGAUAGUAACAACUGGGCAGCAAUCACGCUUUUUCUCUCAGUUGUUAAAUAACUAAGACAGCAGUUCAAGGUUUUGCAGGACUCCUGUUUGGCCCCAGGCACAGCCAGUUGUGCUCCUGGUUGUACUUGCAUUGUUUCCUGGCCUGUGCUGUGCCUGGAGUAGCUUCAGUUCUGUGUGUGCAGCUGGGGAUGGCUUUCUGUGGCCGAGCUUCCUUGUUGAAGUAUUUGCUGCAAGUUGUCUGACUUUAAAUACAACACUCUAAUGACUCUACCACUUCCUUCUUGUACCUAACAGGACAGCAUUCAGCAGGUACUCUUGAUUUAGUGAAUUAUGUUGGUUGUUUUUAUUUUUUGUCAUCAAGCAUGAAAGAAUUCCUUGGAGUCAUUUGGCUAAAAACUCUUGAUUCUUUAACUGCAGUAGUAGAGUUGCAAGGCAUUUAUUGCCCAUGUCCUACACCUUCAAGACAGAGCUGUAUAUUUUACUCUGUUAUAUGGGAUAUCACAAAACUUACACCAGUCUAUCCCAGACCACUGUGAAAACACCAGUCACUUUAAAAUACCUUUUUGGUCAGAAGUGACUAAGUGCUAGGUUUUCUUCUAAGGUCAUUGCUUGGUAUUCAAACUCUUCUGUGAAGGUGAUGAACAGUCCAAGUCUCACAGCUUUGGCUGUGUUUGGUAAAGCUGAUUAUUUGCCUCUAAACGUCACAGAACCCCAGGGUGGCUAUAAUUAUAUGAUGGCCAUAUAAUUACAUGGUCGAAUUUUUUUUUUAACUGUAAAUAAAAAUUCUCAUCUUACAGAAGUGGCAAGGAUUAAACAUUGUCUUGAGAGGGUAACUUUAAUGCUGCUGCUACUCUGAGGGAAGGGUUUUAAUGUCUAGAAUGUCCUAUGUCAUACAGGAAAUUCACUUUGAGCGACAUUUUCUUUCCAUAUGCCCUUUACAAAAAAAUGAGGAAGGGACUGGAGGCUGAGGGGUGCUGGGUAUCCCAAAGGCUUUGCUGUGGUUCCAUUGUUCCUCCUCCCUCCUCUAUGCUCAUCAGUGUGACAGUGUCACAGCUGGUGUGGGACAAAGUGCUCUCUCCUGAUGCCACAGUUCAUCCUCUGUGGCAAAGAACUGACUCCCCUUCUGUGUGGUAUUGUAAGGGUACAUUCAUUAAUGUUUCUAAAGCAUUCAGAGCUGUGGCAGUGGAGCCUGUGCAGUGUGAAGUGACUUUUUCUGUUCUCUGUGACUGCAAUUUGUAUAUUAGAUAUGCUGUGAUUCAGAAGUGAAAAUCAAGUCAAUAACAAAUCCUUUAAGAUUUGUAAUUUAAUAAUUUAAUUGCUAAUAGACUAAUUCUGUGCUGUGUCUUUGUUAUGAUAAUUUUUUUUUUACUUGGUUCUUUUUUAUAACCUGGGAGAAAGAUUUAAUUUUAGAAGUUUCAGUUGACAAAGACAUGCUGGUGCUAGAUAGGUAUUUCAGGUCAUUGUCAUUGUAUUCUAUUUUUAAAUUUAAGUACCAGCCAACUGAAAGAGCACCCUGUAUCUAUGCUGGGUGUUCUGCAUCUGUGCUACAGAGCUGAAUUCUUCCAAGCUUCAGCACAAGGCCAGACAGUUUAUUUUUAUUUUUUUUUUCCUGUUUAAUGAAGGGAAAUGUUCUAGCACCUUUUCAUUAUCACAGAACUAAAAUUGGUCAUGAAAACAAUCCCCCUCCCUCCAGAGGCCUGCGCAGGCAUUGGCCAUUGUUAAGAUGCUUGCCUAUCAACAGCCACUCAAGAAAGAAUUUUAAAUGGUUUUGUGACGUCAAGGAUGCACAAAAAAAACACAGUCUGGUGCCAAAUUGCCUCCAUCAUUGAAAGCACACAGUAAGAAAUAGAUAACACGGAAAUAAAUCUUUUGUGCAGUAGCUAUCUCACUAUAGGCUCUAGCGGCUCCAGUAAGUGAGCGUGUCUGGUAUAGGAAUAGCUGAAGAAGAUGAACUUUCAGAGCCUCAUUUUCUAAUUUAUGAUUCAUGCAAAGCCAGCCUAAUCUGUCUGACUUCCUGCUGUCUGGACACAAUGUCUGCAGGGAGCUUGGACCUCGCAGAGGGAAACGCCCUGACAAAGUUUCAGCCUGCAAAAGUGAACACUUUAAAUACGGUGGACAAAAAACUGUAUCUCUUGAACGAAAAGGUGGACAAACUGUUGCAUUUCCAAGAAGACCUGACAGGCAAACUGCAGCGAGUGGACAGAGGCAUUGCUGGUGUAGAAAAUGGCAUGAACAAGCUGACAGUAUCCCGAGCAGCUCCUGCUGACACAGAGGCAUUGCAGAAAGGCCCGAAGGAACCGGAGAGCGCUGCCCAGGCUGACGUGCAGAGCAUGUGCUCAGAAGUCUUGAAUUUGAUGAGAGCUGCCCAGCUAGAUGCCUCCAAGCAUAAGGAGAGGCUGGCAAAGAUAGAGAAAAGGGUUGAUACACUGGAUAAAGUUAUUACAUUUGUGGGAGAAGUAUUAAAAAAUUCUAAAGUUGUGGAUUUCAUUCUCAAGGGCAUUGUGCCCUGGAAGAAGGGGAGUCUGCUGGAAAUCCCUGUUGAGGCCAAAGAUAAGUCUGAGGAGAGUGGUGCAAAACCUAAGCAUGUGCUUAGUAACAGAGGAACCCAGACUGAAAGCAAGAAGCCUGUGGAAGAGACAAAAAGCGUGAAAAAGCUGGAUGAAAACAAGGGAGCAUGUGAGAAGGUGAACACUUCCAGUGCUGUAGCCCACAAAGCUGACUCCAAACCCCAGCUUAAAGACAGGACAGCACAGCAGCAAGGGGUAGAAGGUGCUGGCAAAACACAGAGCUCUAAGAGCUGUCCACAGCAAAAGGACAUCGAUAUCAAAGCUGUGAAUCAACACAAUGGUCUUCCCUUCGUACAUCAAGAUCAUGCAGACAACCAAAAUGCUCCUGCUAAAGCACAGAAGGUGGACAGAGCCCCAGGCCUUGAUGAGUGCCACAGGCAGCUUGUUCAUCAGAAAGCUGGGAAGAAUGAAAACAAAGCUCCAGCAUUGGGUGCAGCAUCCCGGGAAGCUGUGCCCUCCACAUCCCGGGCCGUGUCUGACACGGGCUGUGAAGUGACACAUACCAGGAUAUCCAUCAGUGUACAUAUGACUGACAUGAAAGAAAAGAUUGAGAUGGCCAAGGAGGGAAAUGUAAGUGACAGCAGAGGUAAAAGUUCCAAAGUGAAAUCCACAUCAGCAGACUUGAAAGGAGUCAAGCCUGACAAAUUAAAACUUCAACAGGGUCCUAAAAACAUCAGCUCCAAGCCAAAUUCAGAAGUUAAAGGGGACAAUAAGCAAAAUGAACUUGCACCUCAAACAGGGAAGCAAAAGCCAUUCCUGAGCAAACCCAAACCAGGUGAAAAAGCUGAAGAGAAAUCAGAAUUAAAAUGCGAGCCCAUAACCUCACAGAAUACCUCUGCAAAGGAGCCUGUGAAAGAUGCAGGGGUAAAAGUGAAAAUUCAUCAAGAAACAGCAAAAGCAGAAAAAUCCCCAACAGAUACCAAGUCUGAGAGGAGGGAAUCUGAGACUGCAGGGGGAAGCAGACACGAUGCUCAGUGUACAGGAGUGGCACCAGAGAAGACCAAGUCUCUGGCAGCUGGCAGAGCUCUUCCCACUCUAGGAGAAAUCAUUGAUGACAGCCCCUCUCCUCCAGCUCCCUUUGAGCACCGCAUCGUGAGCGUCAAGCAGGCGGAGGUGACCACGAGCUACUCCGUGUGUCGUCACGAGGUGCUGGGGGGGGGGCGUUUUGGGCAAGUCCACAAGUGCACGGAAAUAUCGACGGGGCUCAACCUGGCAGCCAAAAUCAUAAAAGUGAAAGGAGCCAAAGAGAAGGAGGAAGUAAAAAAUGAAAUUAACAUCAUGAACCAGUUAAAUCACGUGAAUCUGAUCCAGCUUUAUGAUGCUUUUGAAGCCAAAAAUAAUAUCACUUUGAUAAUGGAAUAUCUUGAUGGUGGGGAAUUAUUUGACCGGAUCACAGAUGAAAAUUACCAUCUGACAGAGCUGGAUGCCAUCCUGUUCACCAAACAGAUUUGUGAAGGAGUCCACUACUUGCACCAGCAUUACAUUCUCCACUUAGAUCUGAAGCCUGAAAACAUCCUAUGUGUAAAUCACACAGGAAACCAGAUUAAAAUUAUUGACUUUGGAUUAGCAAGAAGGUACAAACCCUGUGAGAAGCUGAAGGUGAAUUUUGGGACUCCGGAGUUCCUGGCUCCCGAAGUGGUGAACUAUGACUUUGUUUCCUUCCCCACGGACAUGUGGAGCGUGGGUGUCAUCACAUACAUGCUGCUUAGUGGCCUGUCCCCAUUCCUGGGAGAGACUGAUGCUGAGACAAUGAAUUAUGUAGUCAAUUGCAGCUGGGAUUUUGAUGCAGAAGCAUUUGAACAGCUCUCAGAGGACGCCAAAGACUUUAUUUCCAGACUGCUUGUGAAGGAGAAAAGCUGCCGGAUGAGCGCCACGCAGUGCCUGAAGCACGAGUGGCUCAACAACCUCCCUGCCAAGGCCCAGAAGUGCCAGCGCCGCCUGAAGUCCCAGCUGCUGCUGCAGAGCUACAUGGCCCACAGGACAUGGAAGAAACACUUCUAUGUGGUGGCUGCUGCUAACAGGCUGAAGAGAUUUCAGAGUAUGUCUGUCAAGCUUUCAUGAGCUUGUGUGAAACCUACACCACUCCUGGAGAUGGACUUGAGACCAUGGAAGGAGGACUCAGUGUCUCCGAACAUUUCUAUCCCUGUUUUAUAAUGUAAUGUUUUGGGACUGUCUUCCUCAAUUAUUUUGUGUGUUAGUGCUGUGGUUCCAGAAGAGCCUUAAGGAAGAAACACAAGAUUUCUAAAAGCAGAAGCUACUUGGUUUGUUUUUACAAGUUUUUAGUUGUUCUAUACAGUGGUGGAAAAACAUGGCUGUCACUGGGGCUGACUUCUUGCUGAAGGCUUUGAUUCUGCAGAGUAUUGAUGGUGUGUUUAUAGCAGAAAAACCCUGGCAGUUUUCUGCUCUCUCACACCAAGCAUGGGAUCUCUAAAGACUUUCUUCCAGACUGAUGUUUCUGAGCUACCAGUUUUAGGGAACUACCACACAGUGGCACAACUUGUCCCUCAGGUGUUUGUUACUUAAAAGAUACAGACAUUGUUUUCUUCUGUAUUUCUUUUCAAAAGGUAAUUUCCCCACAACAUGAAGAUGCUUCAGUGCAACUCCAGCUUGGGUGGUUUUGGUUUGUUGUUUUAUUAUUCUACGCUCUCCUUUAAAAAAUAGUCACUGCAUAGUUAGGAACUAUGAGGAACCUUGGUUUGAAGUAACUUAAGUCAAUCCAUUGCUGCUGUUUCUUAGGGCAAGUUGAAUUGAGCUGAACCGAUUGAACUUCUGGAAGGAGAGGUGUGAAACUGCCAUGCAUACAAAUCACCUAAUGACUGUUGGGUCUGUGUAAAAAGAUCUCAUGUUGUAGAGAAAAGAGGAGAGUUCCAGGGAUUUAAUGUUUUUAAAAAUUAUAAGUGCUUUUCAUUGUCUAUGACUGCAGCAUUUAAGUUGCUAAGUUUUAGUUUGAGGAUUUGUUUCUCCUCUCUGGAAAUUUUAAUGCAGUAUGAGAAGCUGGUAUGGUGUGACAUGCAAAACAGGUUUCAUUUCUAAUAGUUUCAGUGACAGGGAGACAGUGUGUUGCCAGACUCUGCCUUUAGUCCAGUUAGGAGGUUGAAGCCCUUUGAAACCCUUUUUUCUCCCCUCACUUAGCUCUUGAACAUUAAACCUUUUCUUCACAAUAUUAACUUAUUUUGGAUUUUAAACUCUUUUCUUAUGCAUAAAGUGGGAGUCACAGUCUCUCAGAUAAAAGUACAACACUAUUUAUUAAACCAGUGAUUUCCUCUUCUGGAUUCUGCAAAACGGUGUGAACUGGAUGGGCUUUUGGGAAAAACAGAGAUUAGUAUUACUAAAAGUAGCUUUCCAGCAAAGGCACCUGUAACGUUCUUUUGAACUUUAUGGACUUUCACACCCCUUGAAUUUGCAGAAGUGUUGGUUGCUAAUGAUAAGGUUUGUAAGACUGCCUUACUCUGGUCUAGCUAUCUUUUCCACUCAAGUGCUUCUCACUUUGCAUAGUCCUGACUUCUGCAGCAUUUCCAGAAUUGGGGCAGAGAAGAAUCUUGAUAAUUUAUCACCUUCUAUGAAGGCCCACUUUUGUUCAUGUUUUCCUUCCACAGUGUUUCUGCAUGCUGAAUGUCGUUGUAUUCAUUGGUCUGUAUAUUUCUGAAUUAAUACUAAUAAAUUUCAUGAAAGUG